AUAACUCUUAUUGAUAAUAGCUAUGAAAUUAUAAUUUCGUUGUGUUUUGUUUGCAUUAUUGAGUUUCCAUGGGUGAUUGAUUAUACAGAUACAGUGUAAUUUGAAUUUUAUAAAAUAUCUAACUUCUGAAAAGAUGUUGAGAUUAGGGUAAUGAUAAGAAGUUUUUUGACUGAUUCUUUUAAUUUGAUUGCAUAAGGGAGAUAUAAAUGGCAUCUCUGUGGACUCUGAACAAGUUUUAAUCUGUUGAAGGAAUUAAGAUUGAGUUUCAGUUUCCCACGUAGACUCUGCUAGGUUAGACAUGCCUUUUUGUCGUUUUUUGUUUUUGCUACUUAAAACUACAAAAGCUCUUGUAUUUGAAUCCUGUACGGCCGUACAACUAAUUUAUAACUGCUGUCCUUGGUUCUCUAUUUGAAUUAAAUGAACCUUAGUCUGCUUGAAAAUGGUAAUAAUCAUUCCUUCUUUCUUUCUUUUUUUAAGAGUUUACCAUCUUUUUUGCCUUAUCGUCUUUCUGUUUUUCUAAUUCACAGUUUGUUUGAUUCACUAAUGAAUAUUUACUUUUCCUUUAAAGAAUAACUAUUUCUGUUCCUGGCCAUGCCAUACAAGAGUCAAAAAGGUUGAGUAGUCACCACAAACAAAUCAUUGUUUAGAUAAUGAAUUGAAGUUCAGGUUUCCUUGAUGAAGAUGACUAGUGAGAGUAAAUUUUUUGAAGUAACCUCCAAUUCAUAAUGAGAACAAAUGGCUUAGAAAUUCAUAUUUUCUUUUUCAGAAUAUUGCUUUGAAAUUUGUUGAAAGUCUGAGGGCCUCUUCAUUAUAUCCGAUAGGUGUUAAUAUUUGUUUUUUUUUUUUUGUUAAUAUUUUCCUGCUAGUGAUUUAUUGCUUGUGGAAUAUUAUGUGAUAGGAAACCAAACUGAAGAUACUUCUUUAGAAUGGUGGGGUCAUAUGUAUGACUUUGUCACUGGAGGUUUUCUUGGAGCAGACUCUAGAAAGAAAUUGCUCAAAACAGGUGAAGCUCAGAAAUUGACUGAGAAAACUGUAGUUUUUAAAGAUGACCAAUCUGUGCAAACUUGCCCAAGUACAUCAUCUUCUUUUUAACUACAUUUCUAGCAAUCCUUUGGGAAUUAUACAUGCAUGUCAAUGGGAAUAAUUUUCCAUUAAAAUAUCAUCAACAUUCUGAAAAUGAAACUGACAACAUAAGUAGAUUUUCAGUUGAUAAAUUUCUACUUGCUUCCUUUGGUUGUCAAAUCUGUUUGAGAAGGGUGAUUUCUCGACCUGAGUUGUUUGUGAAUAUACUUCAGUAAAAAGAGUAGAAUAGAAAGAGGUACCCAUGAGGUGAUUUGUUCUCCAAUUUCUCUCCAAAGAAAGCCACGCUUGCUUGAGAUGAAAGGUAUUUCUGUGUAUGUUUAUUUUCUCUUGUACACUAUUAGCUAUUUUUGUCAAUUCUUCGAAGUCCAAAUGAAUUUUAUUUCCUUUA